UAUAUCAGCGAUAGCAGAUCGCGAGGGCCCGUGGCUUGUUGGGCUGGUCCACUGAAGCGGACGAGCGUUACCUUGCGAUAUUGCUAUGUCGAGACUCGUGCUCUAGUCAAGUUCGCGAAAAAAAUCAAGCAUGUGUGCUUACGAUGCUAUGGCAGUGUUUAUAAAUAAGUGACAAUUAUUUUAGAAAAGUGAAUUAACUCAAAUGAGUCAGCCAGCGAGUCCGUCCGGUGCCGUCCAGGCGUCCAUCAGCCCCAAGAACGAUGAGGAGGCAGUAACGGUGACCCUCACAAAAACGGAAUUCACGGCGCUGAAACUUAUUCAGCAAAAUAGUGUCAGCAACAACAGCUUAAGAAAAAUGAUUGGACAAAAAAAGAAUUCAGAACGGAAAAAAGGCGGCGGCGAGAAGGUAGGACCAGUAUGUACAGAGGCAGAGCAACGUGAUGUUGAAGGCUCUAGAGGGAGGGGGAGCAAUCGUGGAAGAGGAUACAGAGGACGGGGAAGGUGGAGAGGAAGAGGAAAUAGCAGGAAUGAAGGACGUAGAGACAUAUAUGGGAAUAGCGAAGGUUACAGAGGGAGAAAUAAAGGCAGAAGUGGCUAUAGGGGCAUGCUAAGGGGGCAGCAGAGUAGGAACGAAGUGAGUGUGUACGGUAACACUGUUAACGUUACCGUGCACAAUCAUCAUUGAAGCCUUUUAAUUUGUUUGUGUUUUUUUAUAUUUUACUUUUGUUUUUUUGUGUUUUGUUUGUUUUCCUGUUUUGAAUUAAUAAAUAUGUUUAAAUUAAA